CCGUGGCCGCUGCAUCCAGGCCCCCCGCGGCAGCCCCCCGCCCUCCGGCUCGCCAUGCUUCCCAGUCCGCAGGUCCCGGUGCAGGUGUGGGUGGGCGGCCAGCUCUUCCAGGCCGACCGGGCCCUGCUGGUGGAGCACUGCGGCUUCUUCCGCGGCCUCUUCCGCUCGGGCAUGCGGGAGGCGCGCGCGGCCGAGGUGCGGCUGGGCGCGCUGAGCCCCGGCGGCUUCCGCACCACGCUGCGGGUGCUGCGCGGCGAGCGGCCGGCGCUGGAGGCCGCCGACGACCUGCUGCAGGCCGUGGAGUGCGCCGCCUUCCUGCAGGCGCCGGCGCUGGCGCGCUUCCUGGAGCACAGCCUCACGGCCGACAACUGCGCGCUGCUGUGCGACGCGGCCGCCGCCUUCGGCCUGCGGGACGUGUUCCACGGCGCCGCGCUCUUCAUCCGCGACGGCGCGCGCGAGCUGGCGGCCGAGCUGGCGCUGCCCGAGGCCCGCGCCUACGUGGCGGCGCUGCGGCCCAGCAGCUACGUGGCCGUGAGCACGCACACGCCCGCGCCCGGCUUCCUGGAGGACGAGUCGCGCACCGUGUGCUACCUGGACGAGGAGGAGAACGCGUGGCGCACGCUGGCCGCGCUGCCCCUGGAGGCCAGCACGCUGCUGGCGGGGGUGGCCACGCUGGGCAACAAGCUCUACAUCGUGGGGGGCGUGCGGGGCGCCAGUAAGGAGGUGGUGGAGCUCGGCUUCUGCUACGACCCCGACGGCGGCACGUGGUGCGAGUUCCCCAGCCCGCACCAGCCGCGCUACGACACCGCGCUGGCCGGCUUCGAUGGCCGCCUCUACGCCAUCGGGGGCGAGUUCCAGAGGACGGCCAUGAGCUCCGUGGAGCGCUACGACCCGGCCACGGGCUGCUGGAGCUUCGUGGCCGACCUGCCGCAGCCGGCUGCUGGCGUGCCCUGCGCCCAGGCGCGCGGCCGCCUCUUCGUGUGUCUGUGGCGGCCGGCGGACACCACGGCUGUCGUGGAGUACACGGUGCGGACCGACGCGUGGCUGCCGGUGGCCGACCUGCAGCGUCCGCAGAGCUACGGCCACUUCAUGGUGGCCCACCGGGACAGCCUCUACGUGGUGCGCAACGGACCGUCGGAUGACUUCCUGCACUGUGCCAUCGACUGCCUCAACCUGGCCACGGGCCAGUGGACGGCGCUGCCCGGCCAGUUUGUCAACAGCAAGGGAGCCCUCUUUACGGCGGUAGUACGCGGCGACACCGUCUAUACUGUCAACCGCAUGUUCACGCUGCUCUAUGCCAUCGAGGGCAGCACCUGGCGGCUGCUCAGGGAAAAGGCGGGCUUCCCACGGCCCGGCUCUUUGCAAACCUUUCUCCUGAGGCUGCCUCGUGGUGCUCCGGGGCCUGUGGCCUUGACAACGCCUGAACUGUGACUCUUGGGCCGGGCUUUAGGAGGGGACGACCUCCUGAGUCUUCCCUGAGCUAUGGCUGAGUCUACGAGGCUGGCCUUGGUUUGGCAGGGAACUUAACUCUCUCUGGUUGCGACGUCUGAAUCUCAUGUCUUUUGGUGGUGUGAACAUGUCCAAGAAACUCAGGGAGCAAUGCUGGGGUUUGAGCCCUCAAAUGAUUUGAGCUUUUCUGAGAGCUGGGGGUCACAGUGUCAGUGGAAAGGAUAGGGGGGUGGGAUUUCUAUCAUCUAGGCUUGUAGGUGAAUGGGCCAGUAAUGGAGCAUGGCUAGGAGUGGGUUAAACUGCCAAUCACUAGGCAAGAAUUAGGCAACUACUGUGGGCCUUGCAUCGUGCUUGCCCUAAUGUAAUCCGUAGUUGCCCGACGGGGGGGGGUCCACAAAGCUUAGAAUUUCAUCCAGAACAACUCAUCUUAACAGAACAUUUACAGGACAACAAAAGGCUUACAUGUACUUGUCUUGGUCCACAAAGGGUUGAAGGCAAUGUGCAAAAACAAACAAACGCCUUCCACCACCACCCCCCCCCCCCAUACACAAUAU